AUGUCUGCGUCGCCGCGUUUCCCGCAAGAGGUCGUCCGGCUCAUCCUCUGCCACCUCCCACAACAAGAGCUCGCGACGAUGUGCACGCUGUCAAAGACACUGCGCGUAGUCGUGGAAGCGGCGCUGUAUAGGACGGCGGUGGUUGGUCCGAAAGCGCUCGCGGGCUGGUGUGGUGCGAUUCUCGAUUCAGAGCCGGACUCGGGGCGGGCACGGGAGACGCGCGUGCUGACGCUGGCGAUGGCGGACUGGCUGUUCACGGGGAGCGCGAAAGAGCAGCUGCAGCGCGCGCUGGGGGCGUGUGUGAAUUUGAGACAGCUGCACGUGGUGUUGCAGGCGGGGCAGUAUUUCAUCACGGCCAAGGACGACCCGCAGCUGUGGCUACUCUUCGCUACUCUGCCUUGUCAACUCACACACUUCACCGCCGUCGCGCCAUUCAUGUCCCAAGCCAUUUCCGUCGCCAGCACGCGUUUUUUCGCGUCUCCCGCCGCGCAAACCCUCACCGCGCUCUCCCUACCCAACUGCUGCCCGGAAAACACUCCCGACUUAUCCUGCCUACCCAACAUCGUCUCGCUGACCAUGACGGCGAAAGGCUUCGAGGCCGCGCGGCCUUCAGAGAAGGGGUGGGAGUUGCAGAGUGUCCAGCUGUAUCUGACGUUCAAUGACGUCGCCCGCUUGCGUCUCCUCGCGCCACAUGCCGCGACACUGACCAGCCUAGCACUCGUGCGUGACGCGGGCACCCCCGUGCCGACCACCGACAUGCUGGUCGCCAUCGCACAAUGGGUGCCGGGCAUACAGCGGCUAUGCAUUACGGAGACAGGCACCAUCCAGCCCCGGCGCGAUGAGCCGGUACUGCACACCGCCCUGCCACUACUCCCUCAACUCCGCGAGCUCGUGCUCCAAUUCCACCGUGCCCAAGCCACCUUCUUCGUGGACCCCGACCCACCGGUGCCUCGCCGGCCCCGCGCUCUCCCAAUCCGGCGCAGCACCCGGCAUACCUCCGCGCCGCCCGAUGCUCCGGGCCCGUCCGGUCCGGCGCCGCUCAGGCUCACGCGGCCUGCGGACCGGCGAAAGCUCGGGGCCCUGUUGAUGGCCGCGGCCCCGGGCCUGCGCCGCUUCGAGCUCGGCGCAGACGUAUUCAUCGGCCCGGUCGACCCGCGGCUCGCGCAGAAGUGGCUUACGGCGGUGUGGGCGCGAUUUCCGUCCGAGGAGGAGAGUGUGCAGCACUGGGAGGUGCGCGGGCGGGUGUGGGAUGCGCAGAGCAGUUUUUCGGUGUCUUGA